CUUUGCUUCAACGAUUGAGCAGCCAGCAAUCUCUUGGUUUAGGGCCGACAUGUCAUAGACUCAUGGGCCUCCCCUCAACCCUCGUCGCACAGAACGAGAUUCCUUCCUCCCCCCGAAGGCCGGCAGCGCCAUGGCCGGUGGCAGCCUGGAGACGGCGUGGGAGCUCGCCCAACUUUUCGUCCUCCGCCCCGUCCUGGCCGUCACCUUCGUGCUAUCAUUCAUCCUCCUGAGCUGGUAUGUGGCGUGGAGGACGGUGCUGGUGCACGUCCCGCUCGUGCAGGAGAUCGCCGGGCUGCGCCGGAAGAAGCCCGUCAAGCCCAAGCCCCCCAACCGCGGGCGCAUCGCCAGGUUCUACGAGUCGCAAGCCCAGAGGAACAGUAAAUCAGAAGGGACCUCUUAAGGAAUAAUCUUUGGAACUUUGAAAGAAGCAACCUCAGUCGGCAGAACCCCUCAUCUCAUUCCAAUUCAGAAUGUUGUACGUCCAGUGAAAUGGCAUAUUCUCUUCUUUGGGCAGAUCUAAACACGUUUAGGUUGCAACCCCAAAUACACAAUAAUGUAUGCACUGUAUAUUAACCAGCCCCUGUGUAAAGUUAAGGAUCUUGUCAUAAGAUUGUAAAUACACAUGUACUAGCAUGAGAACGCUUGUCCUCUGGAAUAAUCAGUGUACGAUUUUCUCCACAAA